AACCCAUCAGACCUGGGGGUUGUUUUGAUCUGCUUCACCGGCGCCGCUGUACCCGGCGAGCGACUUCGGGAACCCUGACACCUUUUCGAAAUGAUGCAGGCUGGUUGGAGGCGCUCCGGGCGGCGAUUCCUAGAGCAAUCGCCCGCUCUCUCGACCUUGAAAUCCAUCUAUCCUUUGUCUUCGUCUGAAUGUGGAGUCGAUCGCCCUCGUUAUGGAUCUACGGUUGCUGUGAAGGGAACGGGGCAUCUCAUCCGCAAGGGAACCGGUGGACGAUCUUCUGUCAGUGGAAUUGUUGCUACUGUGUUUGGAGCUACUGGAUUUCUUGGCCGUUAUGUUGUCAGCCAGCUUGCUAAAAUGGGCUCACAAGUGCUGGUUCCUUUUCGGGGAUCUGAGGAUUCUCACCGGCACCUCAAAUUGAUGGGCGACCUUGGUCAGAUUGUCCCUAUGAAGUACAAUCCAAGAGAUGAAAAUUCAAUUAAAGCUGUAAUGGCAAAGUCAAAUGUGGUCUUCAAUCUAAUUGGAAGAGAGUACGAGACUCGAAACUACAGUUUUGAAGAAGUGAACCAUGCCAUGGCUGAACAACUUGCAUUGAUUGCUAAAGAACAUGGAGGUAUAAUGAGAUUCGUACAAGUUUCUUGCUUAGGGGCAUCUUCUUCAUCUCCUUCCAGAAUGUUGAGGGCAAAGGCUGCAGCAGAGGAGGCUGUACUUAGACAGUUCCCAGAGGCCACAAUUAUGAAGCCUGGAAUUAUGAUUGGUACAGAAGAUAGGAUUUUGAAUAGAUGGGCACAAUUUGCCAAAAAAUGGAGCUUUCUUCCACUCAUUGGAGAUGGAUCUACAAAGAUUCAACCAGUUUACGUUAUUGAUGUGGCUGCUGCAAUUAUGGCUUCCUUGAAAGAUGAUGGUAGUAGCAUGGGAAAGGUUUAUGAGCUUGGUGGACCAGAGGUUUAUACUCUACAUCAACUGGCAGAACUGAUGUACGACAUGAUACGGGAAUGGCCACGAUAUGUGAAAAUUCCUUUCCCUAUUGCAAAGGCAAUUGCAACUCCUCGAGAAUUGUUGUUAAAGAAAGUGCCAUUCCCUUUACCCAACCCAGACAUAUUCAAUCUGGAUCAGAUCAACUCUUUCACUGUGGACACUGUAGUCUCAGAUAAUGCUUUGACAUUCAAGGAUCUCGGUAUGGUUCCUCACAAACUGAAAGGCUACCCUGUAGAGUACUUGAUAUCGUACCGCAAGGGUGGACCAUCUUUUGGCUCUACAGUCAGUGAAAGAGUAACAGCAGAGUAAAAUUGACCAGCUUUUGUCAAUUUUAAGCCUUGGUCGAAUUGACAACAAUAUAUAAAGGAUGAAGAUUGUUGUAAGAACAAUUUCUUGACUUUGGCUGUCGUCCAAGUUACCUAUUUGGUGAGAUAUAUAUCAAACUCAAAUCAAGCAGUGACUUUGCCGCUCGUCGCUUUCUGGGAGUGGUGCUUUCAUUAGAUUAAUAAGUGGCAAGGGUAGUUGUCAAAACUUCAUUCCUUUGUUGCAGAGAAGAUUACAUAUUUAUAACUUCUCGUUCAUCUUGUUUUACCCUUUUGAAGCUUGUACGCCAGUGUUUAAAGCCAUUCUAAUCAGCAUCAUCAGCUUUUACACA